AUUCCUGCGGCGGGCAGCAGCAGCAGCUCUGUUCUUGUGGUGAUUUUGUGGAUCCGGAUCGUCUCGGUCUGGACUUGGGACUUGGACCGUCUUCCUCAGAGGCCUCAGCGUGGUACUGCCCAUGUGACCUUGGCUCUGGUGACAAGGUCAGAAGUGAAAGGUCAUGAUGACAACUGUGGCCACUGAGUUUGACCACAUGGAGCUGCAGCAGCACUACAGCAGCAAUGACACGGUCAACAACCGCUGGGACGACGACUGGGACAACGAGAACAGCUCGGCCCGCCUCUUUGAGCGUUCCCGGAUCAAAGCCCUCGCAGAUGAGCGUGAGGCUGUUCAGAAGAAGACCUUCACGAAGUGGGUGAACUCUCACCUGUCCAGAGUCUCCUGCCGGAUCACUGACCUCUACACGGACCUGAGAGAUGGACGCAUGCUCAUCAAGCUGCUGGAGGUUCUGUCGGGAGAGAGGCUGCCAAAGCCCACCAAGGGUCGGAUGCGGAUCCAUUGCUUGGAGAACGUGGACAAAGCUCUGCAGUUCUUGAAGGAGCAGCGGGUCCACCUGGAGAACAUGGGCUCUCACGACAUCGUGGACGGGAAUCACCGCCUGACUCUGGGCCUCAUCUGGACCAUCAUCCUCCGCUUCCAGAUCCAGGACAUCAGUGUGGAGACUGAAGACAACAAGGAGAAGAGAUCUGCGAAAGAUGCUCUGCUGCUUUGGUGUCAGAUGAAGACAGCCGGAUAUCCCAAUGUGAACAUCCACAACUUCACCACUAGUUGGCGUGAUGGCAUGGCUUUCAAUGCACUCAUCCACAAACACAGACCUGAUCUGAUUGACUUUGACAAGCUCAAAAAGUCAAAUGCUCAUUACAACCUGCAGAACGCUUUUAACCUCGCAGAGCAACACCUGGGCCUCACCAAACUGCUGGAUCCCGAGGAUAUUAGCGUGGACCAUCCUGAUGAGAAGUCUGUCAUCACCUACGUGGUGACAUAUUACCACUACUUCUCCAAGAUGAAGGCUCUGAAGGUGGAGGGGAAACGGAUCGGAAAGGUUCUGGACAAUGCCAUUGAGACAGAGAAGAUGAUUGAGAAGUAUGAGUCCUUGGCCUCGGACCUGCUGGAGUGGAUUGAACAAACCAUCAUCAUCCUCAACAACAGGAAGUUUGCCAACUCUCUGGUCGGGGUCCAGCAGCAGCUGCAGGCCUUCAACACGUACCGCACCGUGGAGAAACCGCCAAAGUUCACUGAGAAGGGAAACCUGGAGGUUCUUCUUUUCACCAUCCAGAGUAAAAUGAGAGCCAACAACCAGAAGGUCUACAUUCCCCGAGAGGGGAAACUCAUCUCUGACAUCAAUAAGGCCUGGGAGAGACUGGAGAAGGCGGAGCAUGAGAGGGAACUGGCUCUGAGGACGGAGUUGAUCCGUCAGGAGAAACUGGAACUGUUGGCCAGACGAUUUGACCGCAAAGCUGCCAUGAGGGAGACGUGGCUCAGUGAAAACCAGAGACUGGUGUCCCAGGACAACUUUGGUUUUGACCUUCAGGCUGUUGAGGCAGCCACCAAGAAGCACGAGGCAAUCGAAACUGACAUUGCAGCAUAUGAGGAGCGGGUCCAGGCUGUGGUGGCCGUGGCCAGGGAGCUGGAGGUGGAGCGCUACCAUGACAUCAAACGCAUUGCUGCCAGAAAGGACAACGUGAUCCGGUUAUGGGAGUACCUCCUGGAGCUGCUGAAGGCCCGCAGACAAAGGCUGGAGAUGAACUUGGGCCUGCAGAGGGUUUUCCAGGAGAUGCUCUACAUCAUGGACUGGAUGGACGAGAUGAAGAUGCUGCUGCUGUCUCAAGACUAUGGCAAACACCUUCUGGGUGUGGAGGACCUGCUGCAGAAGCACACCCUGGUGGAGGCCGACAUCGCUAUCCAAGCUGACAGGGUGAAGGCAGUCACCAACAGCGCCAACAAAUACUCUGUCAAUGGCAACGGCUACAAACCCUGUGACCCUCAGGUCAUCCAGGACCGUGUGGCCCACCUGGAGUUCUGCUACCAGGAGUUGACACAGCUGGCUGCUGAGCGGAGAGCCCGCCUUGAGGAGUCCCGCUGCCUCUGGAAGUUCUUCUGGGAGAUGGCCGAGGAAGAAGGCUGGAUCCGGGAGAAGGAGCAGAUCUUGUCUUGUGAGGAGUAUGGCAAGGACCUGACAGGGUCACUGCGCCUCCUCAGCCAGCAGCGUGCUCUUGAGGAUGAGCUGAGCGGCCGUGCCGGGCACCUCCAACACACCAUUAGCGAAGGCCAGGCCAUGAUAGAGUCCGGCCACUUUGGUGCAACCAAGAUCCACGAGCGCAUUUCUGACUUACAGUCCCAGUGGAAGGCGCUGGAGCAGCUGGCAGCCGUGAGGAAGAAGAGGCUGGAAGAGGCUUUGGCGCAGCACCAGUUCCAGGCAGACGCAGACGACAUUGAUGCCUGGACACUUGAUGCUUUACGCAUCGUCUCUAGUGGCGAGACAGGUCACGAUGAGUUCUCCACUCAGGCGCUGGUCAGAAAACACAAGGAUGCAGCAGCUGAGGUGGCCAGCUACCGGCCCGUUAUCGACUCCCUCCAUGAGCAGGCUACCUCGCUGCCCAAAGAGGAGGCAGAAUCAGACAAAGUGCGUGGACGGCUGGCUGGCAUCGAGGAGCGCUACAGUGAAGUGUCAGAGUUGACAAAGCUGAGGAAACAAGCGCUACAGGAUGCAUUAGCAGUUUACAAGAUGUUCAGUGAAGCUGAUGCCUGCGAGGUCUGGAUCGUUGAGAAGGAGCAGUGGUUGAACAGCAUGGAGAUUCCCGAAAGACUGGAAGAUCUGGAGGUCAUACAGCACAGGUUUGAGAGUCUAGAGCCAGAGAUGAACAACCAGGCUUCUCGUGUUGCUGUUGUGAACCAGAUCGCCCGGCAGCUCAUCCACAGUGGUCACCCAAGUGAGAAGGACAUCAGGAGCCAGCAGGACAAACUCAACAACAGGUGGAGCCAGUUCCGUGACCUGGUUGACCAGAAGAAAGAGUCCCUGAACUCAGCACUGGGGGUGCAGAACUACCACCUUGACUGCAAUGAGACCAAGUCCUGGAUCAAAGAAAAGACUAAAGUUAUCGAGUCUACACAGGAGCUGGGCAAUGACCUGACUGGGGUCAUGGCCCUGCAGCGCAAACUUACCGGUAUGGAGCGUGACCUGGCUGCUAUUGAGGACAAGCUGGGCGACUUAUACGGUGAAGCCCAGCGGCUGGCGGAGGAGCACCCUGAUCAGUCCAAAGCUAUUACAGGCCGCCUGGCAGAGAUCACGGCUGUCUGGGAAGAAAUGAAGAACACUCUGAAGAACCGUGAAGAGUCCCUGGGUGAGGCCCGAAAACUGCAGCAGUUUUUACGUGAGCUGGAUGAUUUCCAGUCCUGGCUGUCCCGCACCCAGACGGCCAUCGCCUCUGAGGACAUGCCCAACACAUUGGCCGAGGCGGAUAAGCUGAUGGCCCAGCACGAAGGAAUCAAGAAUGAGAUCCAAAACUACGAGGAGGACUAUCAGAAGAUGCGAGACAUGGGGGAGAUGGUGACUCAGGGCCAGACUGAUGCCCAGCACAUGUUCCUCCGCCAGAGGCUGCAGGCGCUGGACACGGGCUGGAACGAGCUGCAUAAGAUGUGGGAGAACCGGCAGAGUUUGUUGUCCCAGUCUCAUGCUUACCAGCUGUUUCUCAGGGACACCAAGCAGGCUGAGGCCUUCCUCAACAGCCAGGAGUACGAUCUUGCUCACACUGAGAUGCCCACCACACUGGAGGGUGCUGAGGCCGCCAUCAAGAAGCAAGAAGACUUCAUGACCACCAUGGAUGCCAACGAGGACAAAAUCAAUGGGGUGGUGGAGGCCGGGAGGCGGCUGGCCUCCAACGGAAACAUCAACGCUGAGCGCAUCCAGCAGAAACUGGCCUCCAUUGAUGACAGGCAUAAGAAGAACAGGGAGGCUGCUGUGGAGCUGCUGAUGAGGCUGAAGGACAACAGGGACUUGCAGAAGUUCCUGCAGGACUGCCAGGAGCUGUCCUUGUGGAUUAAUGAGAAGAUGCUGACGGCUCAGGACAUGACCUACGACGAGGCCAGAAACCUGCACAGCAAGUGGCUGAAGCACCAGGCCUUCAUGGCAGAGCUGCAGUCCAACAAGGAGUGGCUGGACAAGAUCCAGAAGGACGGGAGGCUGCUGGUGUCGGAGAAGCCGGAGACAGAGCUGGUGGUAAAGAACAAACUGUCAGCCCUCCAGGAGAUGUGGGAGGAGCUGGAGUCAACCACACAGACGAAAGCCCAGUGUCUGUUCGACGCCAACAAGGCGGAGCUCUUCUCCCAGAGCUGCACCGACCUUGACAAGUGGCUCGCCGGCCUGGAAGGUCAGAUCCAGUCUGACGACUACGGCAAAGACCUGACGUCUGUCAACAUCCUCCUGAAGAAACAACAGAUGCUGGAGAACCAGGUGGAGGUUCGUCAACGGGAGGUGGUGGAGCUGCAGAGUCAGGUGAAGGCUCUUGGUCAAGAGGUGAAGGAUGCCGAUGAGGUGGACAGCCGGCAGCAACUAGUGGAGAAGAAGUUCCAAGAGCUGCUGGAGCCACUGCACCACCGCAGGAGUUUCCUGGUGGCGUCCAGAGAGGUCCACCAGUUCAACCGUGACAUCGAAGAUGAGAUACUCUGGGUUCAGGAGAGGAUGGGUGUGGCCACGUCCACCAAUCACGGACACAAUCUGCAGACUGUCCAGCUGCUCAUCAAGAAGAAUCAGACUCUGCAGAAGGAGAUCCAGGGUCACCACCCACGUAUCAACGACAUCCUGGAGCACAGCCGGAGCCUCCUGAAGGACAAAUCAGCGAAUGCUGAUGCCAUUCGCCAGCGGCUGGCUGAUCUGCAGGAGCUGUGGCGGCAGCUGACUGAGGAGGUGGAGCAUCGCCACAGCAGGCUGGAGGAGGCGCACAAAGCUCAGCAGUACUACUUUGAUGCUGCAGAGGCUGAAGCCUGGAUGAGUGAGCAGGAGCUCUACAUGAUGUCUGAGGAGAAGGCCAAGGACGAGCAGAGUGCCGUCACCAUGCUGAAAAAGCAUCAGAUUCUGGAGCAGGCAGUGGAGGACUACGCCGAAACCGUCCACCAGCUGUCCAAAACUAGUAGAGGACUGGUUGCGAAUGGACACCCCGAGAGCGAGCGGAUCAGCAUGCGUCAAUCUCAGGUAGAUAAGCUUUACGCUGGCCUGAAAGACCUGUCUGAAGAGAGGCGGGGCAAAUUGGAUGAGAGGCUCCGCCUCUUCCAGCUCAACCGUGAGGUGGACGAUCUGGAGCAGUGGAUCGCUGAGAGAGAGGUGGUGGCCGGAUCCCACGAACUGGGACAAGACUACGAACACGUCACUAUGUUGCAGGAGCGUUUCAGAGAGUUUGCUCGUGACACCGGGAACAUCGGCCAGGAGCGCGUGGACGUUGUCAACCAUCUGGCUGACGAGCUGAUCAAUGCUGGUCACGGCGACGCAGCCACGGUGGCGGAAUGGAAGGACGGUUUGAAUGAAGCCUGGGCCGACCUCCUGGAGCUCAUCGACACCAGGACGCAGAUACUCGCUGCCUCCUUUGAACUGCAUAAGUUCUACCAUGAUGCUAAGGAGAUCUUAGGCCGGAUCCUGGACAAGCAGAAGAAGCUUCCGGAGGAGAUUGGUCGUGAUCAGAACACGGUGGAGAUGUUACAGAGGAUGCACACGACCUUUGAACACGACAUCCAGGCUCUGGGAACGCAGGUGAGGCAGCUGCAGGAGGACGCGGUGCGCCUGCAGUCAGCGUAUGCUGGUGACAAAGCUGAUGACAUCCAGCGGCGGGAGAGCGAGGUGCUGGAGGCGUGGAAGAACCUGCUGGAGGCAUGUGAUGGACGCAGGCUCCGCCUCCUUGACACCAGUGACAAGUACCGCUUCUUCAGCAUGGUGAAGGACCUUAUGGCGUGGAUGGAGGAUGUCAUCAGGCUCAUUGAAGCCCAGGAGAAACCCCGUGAUGUGUCUUCAGUGGAGUUGCUGAUGAACAACCAUCAAGGCAUCAAGGCAGAGGUCGACGCCCGUAACGACAGCUUCACCGCCUGCAUCGAGUUGGGAAAAACCCUGCUGGCCAGAAAACACUACGCAUCACAGGAAAUUAAAGGGAGACUGCGGCAGCUGACUGACAAGAGGAAAGAAAUGAUUGACAAGUGGGAGGAUCGAUGGGAGUGGCUACGACUCAUCGUCAAACCGCACACCAAAGAUCCUUACCACAGCCCUAGCAUGUAG